UUUGUUAUCUUUUGAUCGCUCUCAGACAGCAUUGGCACCACAUGACCUUCCUGUCAUUCUGCCUCUCAAUCCUACUCCUACCCGCAUGGCGACAGCUAACGUUCUAUGGCAAAGUUUUGUGGCUGUGGCUGGCUGGCCGUCGUCGAAUUCGACACCAACACGGCCUUCAUUCGGCGGCCAUGUACGAUCCUUCUCUAGCAUCACUCGAUCCUCAACCUCGAUACCUGUCGUCGGCAAUUCUACCCAUCCACCUUCUUCCGCCGAUAUCCCUUCCAUGGCUGCGAGCCUACGGCCUAAAUCCCACCACUCUCUCCAAUACCAAAAUGCCGAUUACGACAUGAGCACCAUUCCUGACCCGAGGAGUCGGGCUAUGAGCCCUGCCCUCACAGACACUUCGAACUCCCCCCACCACCCCGACUUGAACGACGAAGUCGCCACGUUGAGCACCAAGCUCGUAAAUGCCAUCAACCAUCAGACCACACUAGACGACACAUUGUCGAGCACCAGGCAAGAAUUGGCCCAGUCGCGCGAGACGAUACGCCAGCUCGAGGGUCAGAUUGCUCAGCAGAGAGAUAUGCUUGCGGGCGAUGUCUGGGUGCGGAGGAAGACAGUCGAAUCGGAGAAGACGCAGCUUUUGUCUCGCCUUGCCGAAGAGAAGAGGCUGCGCCAGGAUGCCGAGCAGCAGAAGAAGAAGAUCGAGCUGGAGCUGGAGAACUUGACUACCGCGCUAUUCGAGGAGGCGAAUAAGAUGGUGAUUUCGGCCAAGGAGGAUGCGAGGACGGAGCAGGAGGCUCUCGAACGAAAGAAUGGCCAGCUCAGGGCACAGCUCGCCGACGCCGAGGGACUUCUGAGGUCUCAGCAGGAGCAGUUGACCGAGCUCAAGCAAGUCAUGGAACAGAUGACUGUCGAACAAGAUGAACAGACUGUCCAAACAGUACCCUCGUCUCCUGGCUUCAGUAAAUUCGACCCAAAGGAGGAGGUUGGGACUCUCGAUGGAGCUUCACAUCCCGCCCUUGUGGUGCCACUCUCCCCCUCAUACCCGACCAGUUUUACUCACCUUCUGCAGCCGGUCCUGCGCACCGAUCUCACAUCGUAUAAUGAUUUCAGAGAUCUCAUUAGGACCUCGAAACGGUGCUCGGCUCACCGUGUGUCGUCCGGCUCACAUAGUGGACUAGUGGCCCUCGGCUUGGGACUUGGCUCAUCUCCAAUUAAUGGUUCCGCUGCUUCCCCCUCAAUCACGCCGUCUCAGUCCUCCCCGCAGACCCCGAACACUCCGGCGUCAACCACGAGUACUGGCUCGACCGCCUCGACCGCCAGCUUGCCCCCGCUGAAGGAAACCAAGUUCUACAAGAGGGCCCUUGCCGAAGAUAUCGAACCCACGCUCCGUCUGGAUAUCGCGCCGGGCCUGUCAUGGCUUGCCCGCCGAACCGUCCUCAGCGCCGUCACCGAGGGGUCGUUGUUCGUCGAGCCAGCACCCUCCAACCAGUCCUCUGCCAGUAGGACGAAGCCUCAGCUUUACCCCUGCUCGCUCUGUGGCGAGUCGAGGAAAGAGGAGGAAUACCUGCGCACACAUCGCUUCCGCACCAGCGAGUCCGACUCGGCACAGCGGUAUCCCCUGUGCAGGUACUGCCUGGGCCGCGUGCGCUCCACCUGCGACUUCCUCGGCUUCCUGCGCAUCGUCAAGGACGGCCUUUGGAGAGCCGACGACGAGGACGCGGAGAAGGCGGCGUGGGAGGAGAGCGUGCGCCUGAGGGAGCAGAUGUUCUGGAGCCGCAUCGGCGGCGGCGUCAUACCCACCGUCCACGCCCACCACGCACAUUCCACUGUUGCUACGAGCCUCAGUGACGACCGGAGUCCCCGGAUAAGCCAGGAGGAGGGUGUAAAGGCCGGCGACGUCGAGGGCAAGAAGGAAGACACUCCUCGUGUCUCGCAAGAGACCGAUGCCAAACCGGCAGACCCGCCGGUCACCGAACGUGAAAUCACACCGGCAGAGGACCAAGCGAUGACGGCCGACGGCGCUGCCCACGGACCAUCCCAGGAUGCGCCACGCGACCUCGACCAGGCCCCGCCUCCGCAAGACACCCCGUCGAGCCUGCAGGACUCGCCUCAGCCACCGAGUCCCGAUCCCGACGUCCCGGGCUCGUGGGGUAACUAAAGUAGCUUGCGGCCGGCCCACCUAACACCCGUGGACCUCAUCCCCACAUAUUUCUAGACGAGAGUGGAUGGAUGGACCAUCAUCUUGGCGCCUAGAAACCCACUUCUUUGUCUUGUAUU